AUGGCUAAUUUCACUAUAAGUGGGUUUCUUCUAAUGGGAUUUUCAGCAAAGCCUGAGGUAGAAGUCACCCAUGCUUCUCUGUUCUUGAUCUUAUACCUGGUGGCGGUAACUGGCAACAUCCUCAUUAUCACCGCGACUUCCAUGGACAGUAGUCUGCACUCACCCAUGUAUUUCUUCCUGAAACAUCUCUCCUUCCUGGACCUGUGCUACAUUUCUGUGAUGGUGCCAAGGUCCAUUUACAGUUCUUUCAUGCACAGUGGCUACAUUUCCCUUGGGGAGUGCAUGGUGCAGUGUUUUGUUUUUGUUCUCUGUGCUGCUGCUGAGCUGUCCAUGCUCACAGUCAUGUCCUAUGACCGCUACGUGGCCAUCUGCAGUCCACUGCGCUAUGACAUCAUCAUGGAUGUAAGCAAAUGUGUCCACGGAGUCCUGGGAGUCUGGGUCAGCGGGGUCAUUUCUGGAGCCAUGCAAACAGCUGCCACUUUCUCCAUGCACUUCUGUGGCUCCCAUGUCAUUCACCAGUUUUUCUGUGAUAUCCCCCAGCUCAUGAAACUCUCUUGUUCUAAUGAGAUCGUCAACAACAUUGGGGUCAGUUUCUUCUUGGUUCUUAUGUCCUUUCUUUGCAUUGUCUUCAUUGGACUGUCCUACAUACAGAUAUUCUCUACCGUGCUGAGGAUGCCAUCUGCUGAAGGCAGAGCUAAAGCUUUUUCUACCUGCCUUCCACACCUCGCAGUCAUUAUGCUGUUUAUUACUACUGGCUCCUUUGAGUAUCUCAAACCUCUUUCUGAAACUCCUAGCACAUUGGACAUUUUGCUGACUAUCAUGUACACAGUUGUGCCUCCAACACUCAACCCAAUGAUCUAUAGCCUGAAAAAUCAAGCCAUAAAGGCAGCUCUAUCAAAAGUUUUCCAAAGGAGAAAAGCUGACCUAUUCUGUUGA